AUGUCUAAAAUACAGUUGUUCAAAGUGUUUCUCAACCAGCGAUUAACAGCGGCUGCUGAGGAGAUAUUUGGGGCAGUUGAACAAACGAUAGCAGAGUACCAGGAAGAAUGUUCCCGUACAAAGGAGGAGAACGUACGUUUACAGAAGCUGCUGGAUAUCGUAAUUAAACCUGAAAUAAAGGUACAUCGAGCAGGUUUGUCGCUUUAGCUGUCAUUUUCUGUAAAUAAUCCCCAGUGGCACGUUUUUCCCAAAAGCGUCAAUAGAACAUUCCUCUAGCAAGGAAUUAUACCAGUUUAUAGACACAUUGAUAUGGUUCUAACGAUGAAUUUAGCCUUAAGAUGCCUUUGGGGAAACCUGGCCCAGAUCGACUACAGACCGAUGGUUCUAACGUUACAUUUAUCCUUAAAAUGCUUUUGGGAACCGGGCCCAGAUCAAUGUCUAUAAACUGGUAUAUAGCCUAAUUCCUUGCUAGAGAUAAAUGUUAUAGUACAAGCCUAGCCCAUUAAUAGACGCUAACUACCUUUAGCGCCUAUUGACAAUAGUAUGUUUGGUGGACAGUACAGUGGUUUUUUUGUGGACCCCGGGAAGACAUCUACAAAAGCUAAUGGGGAUCCAAAUAAACAUAAGACUAUAAGGAGUAGUGUUAGUUAGGCUCCUGUAGUCCAUUAUUGGGCUAGUACAGGCCUAGGCCAAAAUCAGCGUUUGCGGUUUCAUCCUCUAUUUUUCUUUUUCUCUCCAGACCUCCAGCAGCUCAUUGUCUCUAAGGAAGCGGUUCCCCUUGAGCAGCAACACUGUGAGAAGGAAUGGAGCCCCAAUCUGGGGCGGGAGGACCAAGAACUCACACAGAUAAAAGAGGAACAGGAGGAACUCAGGACCAGUCAGGGGGAAGAGCAGCUUCAAGGGCUGGAGGAAGAGUUCAUAUUCUCUCCUGGCGUUGUGAAAAGUCACUAUGAUCAGGUUUCAAGUUGGACCGCACAUUUUCCCAGCACCUCAAAUGAACAGAUCAACACAGAAUCGGAUGGAGAGGACUACAGAGUAUUAGAACCAACCAGUGACUCCCAGACCCUCGCUGCAGUUAAUCCAGACUGUUUUGCAGCUAACUCCAUCGGUUCUCUAGUUUAUCAUAUGAAAAUGCAUACGAAGGAUGCAGACAAUAGUGGUGUGUGUGAAAAACACUUUGAUUCCACAGAGAGUAUGCAAGAUCACCUCCAAACUCAUAUUGACACUAGAUUUUCUUGUGAUGUUUGUAGUAAAUGUUUUACUAUGAGUAGUAAACUGAAAAUGCAUAUGAGGUGCCACAGACGGAAUCUACUUCCAUGCCCUUUUUGUGGUAAAUAUUCCAACAGUGCUGCUAAUCUGAAAGUACACAUCAGGACCCACACAGGCGAGAAACCUUAUCAGUGCCUGGAUUGUGCGAAAUGUUUCAGCUGUAAAUCUAAUCUGAAAAAACACAUCAGAUGUCACACAGGGGAGAAACCGUAUCAGUGUCCUGACUGUGGCAAAGGAUUUACUCAGAGUGCCCAUAUGGGGAUGCAUAUGAGGAUUCACACAGGGGAGAAACCACAUAGCUGCAGUGUAUGUGGCAGGUCUUUUAGCAAUGGCCCUCAUCUUAAAGUGCACAUGAGGACCCAUACAGGGGAAAAACCAUAUAAUUGCAGUCUUUGUGAUAAAUGUUUUAGCAGUCACUCUGGUCUGACAGUUCACACAAGGACUCACACAGGGGAGAGACCAUAUAUAUGUCCUUUAUGCAAAAAAGGCUUUACGUCAGCAAGUAAUUUAAAGGCCCACAAAAAACGGCAUACUAAAAGUAAAAGCAGUGUAGGUGUUAUGGUUGCGGCAAAUGCUUCACUACAAAGGAGUCCUAAUGAAGGCACCAGUGGGAAUAAAUAAAUGCUUUGUGGGGGAAAACAUCAUCAUUGAGGACUGAGAGAAACAUUGUAACUACAAUCUGUGAAAGGAGAUACUCAGUUCACUGCUCUUGGUUGAAUAAGAUUUGACUGAAUUCGUUUAACUGGCGGAACAUUGUAAGAAGCCCACAUGUCAAACAGAGAGCAGUUGGUGGAUUUCUGAGUAACAGGAGUCACUGACCAGUGCCCAUUAUAAGGCACAGGUUAAUCUGGUAGUCCAGGACCAAAUCCUGCGUGCAUGGACCCAUCUGAUUCUGGGUGCAGUGUGUUGGUGUUGAAAUCUACACAUAUUGUUCUAGGGGUCUAAAAAUUUACCAGCUGUAUGUUAUGCAUUUUUUACUUGGCACCUAGAGGUUGUAAUUGUCCAGAAGGUAUCACAGAAUAAAUGUCUGUUUACAUUCAGAAUAGUUUUUACCUGGUCUCUUCUUUCUCGUCUGUCAUGAGCAUGUGUUUCAUGAUCAUACCAUUUUAUCUAUGCUGUGAAUGAUAACUUGCACAACUCAACUAUAAUCUGAUUCAAGGAAUGCAAAGUCAUUUUUGUAAUGUUUCAUGCACACUUAAUAAACUACCUACAAUGCCUUCGGAAAGUAUUCAGACCCCUUUACUUUUUCCACAUUUUGUUAGGUGUACAGCCUUAUUCUAAAAUUGAUUAAAUUGUUUUCCCCCCUCAAUCUAUACACAAUACCCCAUAAUGACAAAGCAAUGUUUGCUAAUUUAUUAAAAACAAAAAUAUCACAUUUACAUAAGUAUUCAGACCCUUUACUCAGUACUUUGUUGAAGCACCUUUGGCAGCGAUUACAGCCUCAAGUCUUCUUGGGUAUGAAGUUACAAGCGUGGCACACCUAUAUUUGGGGAGUUUCUCCCAUUCUUCUCCGCAGAUCCUCUCAAGCUCUGUCAGGUUGGAUGGGGAGCGUUGCUGAACAGCUAUUUUCAGGUCUCUCCAGAGAUGCUCGAUUUGGUUCAAGUCCGGGCUCUGGCUGGGCCACUCAAGGACAUUCAGAGACUUGUCCCGAAGCCACUCCUGCGUUGUAUUGGCUGUGUGCUUAGGGUCGUUGUCCUGUUGGAAGGUGAACCUUCACCCCAGUCUGAGGUCCUGAGCGUUCUGGAGCAGGUUUUCAUCAAGGAUCUCUCCGUACUUUGCUCCGUUAAUCUUUGCCUCGAUCCUGACAAGUCUCCCAGUCCCUGCUGCUGAAAAACAUCCCCAUAGCAUGAUGCUGCCACCACCAUGCUUCACCGUAGGGAUGGUGCCAGGUUUCCUCCAGACGUGACGCUUGGCAUUCAGGCCAUAGUCCGCUGCGCCACUUGGGAGGCCCACAUCUAACAUAUUAUAAUGGCUCAUGAAGAAACUUUUGCCCCGUCCAAAAUCGACCCCUGCACUGAAGAGCAAUAUGCCUACAAUUCCAAGAAGACAGCAAGGUGGACUGGAUAUUUACUAUCUUGGUUAUUUUCCAAUAUCCACAAGUGAAAAGGGAGAUCAAUUUGGAAAUAGGCACUUGACUGAGUUUGCAGACAGAUGGGGGCUAUGAAGACUUGAUAAAUCUCAUCCUCUAUCCAGUGGUUCUCAAACCUCUCCCAGCCGAUCCAUGUAUUUGAUCUAUUCCAGAGUUAGCACACCUGAUUCAACUUGUCAACUAAUGCUGCGUUCGUAACCAAGUGGGAGGUGGGAAUUUACCAGUUGUGAAGUCGUAAAUACCAGUUGGAUGCAUUCAUAUGCUUUGAACUCGUUGAGUUCAGGGUCCUCUGUAGCUCAAUUGGUAGAGCAUGGCGCUUGUAACGCCAGGGUAGUGGGUUCAAUCCCCGGGACCACCCAUACGUAAAAAUGUAUGCACACAUGACUGUAAGUCUCUUUGGAUAAAAGCAUCUGCUAAAUGGCAUAUUAUUAUUAUUAUAACAAAGUUGUGAAAUAUCUGGGGGUCACAGAUGAGAGGUUUGAGAACCACAGCACCAUGCAUUGGUUUACAGACGGGCAACUCCAGUCCUCGGGGGCCUGAUUGCUGACAUACUUUAGUCCCAGCCCCAGCUAACAUACCUGACUCCAAUAAUCAACUAAUAACCAUGGGUCACGUUCCCCUGCUCAGACGUUGCAUGUAUGAACCGUGCCACGUCAUCGACUGUCAGAUUGCUAUCAUACAAAUGUAUUUAUAAAGCCCUUUUUACAUCAGCAGAUGUCACAGUGCUAUACAGAAACCCAGCCUAAAACCCCAAACAGCAAGGGGGGGGGGGGGGGGGGGGGUCGUCCUGACCCCACCCACUUUGCCAAAGCACAGCCCCCACACCACUAGAGGGAAAUCAACAGACCACCAACUUACUACCCUGAGACAAGGCUGAGUAUAGCCCACAAAUACCUCCUCCACCGCACAAGCCCGAGGGGGUGCAAAACCGCACAGGAAGAUCACGUCUGUGACUCAACCCACUCAAGUGACGCAACCCUCCUAGGGACGGCAUGAAAGAGCACUAGUAAGGCAGUGACUCAGCCCCCGUAAUAGGGUCAGAGGCAGAGGAUCCCAGUGGAGAGAGGGGAGCCGGGCAGGCAGACACUGCAAGGGCGGUUCAUCGCUCCAGUGCCUUGCCGUUCACCUGGGCCAGACUACACUCAAUCAUAGGACCUACUGAAGAGAUGAGUCUUCAGUAAUGACUUAAAGGUCAAGACCGAGUCUGCGUCUCUCACAUGGAUAGGCAGACCAUUCCAUAAAAAUUGAGCUCCAUAGGAGAAAGCCCUUUCUCCAGGUGUUUGCUUAGAAAUUCUAGGGACAAUAAGGAGGCCUGCGUCUUGUGACCGUAGCAUACGUGUAGGUAUGUACGGUAGGACCAAGUCAGAGAGUUAGGUAGGAGCAAGCCCAUGUAAUGCUUUGUAGGUUAGCAGUAAAACCUUGAAAUCAGCCCUAGCCUUAACAGGAAGAGGCUAGCACUGGAGUAAUAUGAUCAAAUGUUUUGUUCCAGUCAGGAUUCUAGCAGCCUUGUUUAGCACUAACUUUAGCACUAAGUUUAUUUAGUGCUUUAUCCGGGUAUUUGGAGAGUAGAGCAUUGCAGUAGUCUAAUCUAGAUGUGACAAAAGCAGACAUUUUUUGACAAAAAGUUUAUGAUUUUUGCAAUGUUACGAAGAUGGAAAAAAGCUGUCCUUGAAAUUCUUGACAUGUUCGUCAAAAGAGAGAUCAGAGUCCAGAGUAACGCAGAGGUCCUUCAGUUUUAUUUGAGACAACUGUACAACCAUCAAGAAUAAUUAUCAUAUCCAACAGCAGAUCUUUGUUUCUUGGGACCUAGAACUAGCAUCUCUGUUUUGUCAGAGUUUAAUUUUUUUUUUUAAUUGCCGCCAUCCACUUCCUUAUGUCUGAAACACAGGCUUCCAGGGUAGGCAAUUUUAGGGCUUCACCAUGUUUCAUUGAAAUGUACAGCUGUGUGUCGUCCGCAUAGCAGUGAAAGUUGACAUUGUGUUUCUGAAUGACAUCACCAAGAGGUAGAAUAUAUAGUGAAAACAAUAGUGGUCCUAAAACGGAACCUUGAGGAACGCCGAAACGUACAAUUGAUUUGUCAGAGGACAAACCAUCCACAGAGAUGAACUGAUAUCUUACCGUCAGAUAAGAUCUAAACCAGGCAAGAACUAGGGUUUCUAAUCUCUCCAAAAGAAUGUGGUGAUCGAUGGUCAUUUACCACCUUCACGAGUGCAGUCUCAGUGCUAUGAUGGUGUCUAAAACCAGACUGAAGCAUUUUGUAUACAUUAUUUGUCUUCAGGAAGGCAGUGAGUUGCUGCACAACAGCUUUUUCCCAAAAAAUUGAGAGGAAUGGGAGUUUCGAUAUAGGCUGAUAGUAAUAAAGCCUCUCUUGAAAAAGCCAAACCUUGCCACUUUUAGUGAGUUUGGUACACAUCCGGUGGAUAGGGAGCCAUUUAUUAUGUUCAACAUAGGAGGGCCAAGCACAGGAAGUAGCUCUUUCAGUAGAUUAGUUGGAAUAGAGUCCAGUAUGCAGCUUGAAGGUUUAGAGGCCAUGACUAUUUUCAUGAAUGUGUCAAGAGAUAUAGGAUUAAAAAACUUGAGUGUCUCCAUUGAUCCUAGGUCCUGGAGAAAUACGCAGAUUCAAAGAGGAGUCCGUAAUUUGCUUUCUAAUGAUCAUGAUCUUUUCAUCGAAGAAGUUCAUGAAUUUAUUACUGCUGAAGUGAAAGCUAUCCUCUCUUGUUGAAUGCGGCUUUUUAGUUAGCUUUGCGACAGUAUAAAAAAUACAUUUAGCAUUGUUCUUAUUCUCCUCAAUUAGGUUGGAAAAAUAGGAUGAUCGAGCAGCAGUGAGGGCUCUUCCAUAUUGGGUAUUAUGUAAGGUUACAUUUUGAUCCUCAGGUGGUUAACCGAUUUUUGUACUCCGACGUCCUUGGGUAGGUGGAGGGAAUCUGGAAGGGCAUCUAGGAACCUUUGCGGGAGGCGCUGGGGAUAUGGUCACUAGUGUAACCAGGAGGAGAGGCCUGAUUUAACACAGUAAAUUCAUCAGGCUUGAGCCAUGUUUCAGUCAGGCCAAUCAAGAUUAUGAUCAGUGAUUAGUUCAUUGACUAUGACUGCCUUGGAAGUGAGGGAUCUAACAUUAAGUAACCCUAUUUUGAGAUGUGAGAUAUCACAAUAUCUUUCAAUAAUGACAUAGAUGGUCUUUAUUCCAGUGAGAUUGCUAAGGCGAACAACGCCAUGUUUUGUUUUGCUCAACCUAGAUCGAGGCACAGACACUGUCUCAAUAGGGAUAGCUGAGCUGACUACACUGACUGUGCUAGUGGCAGACUCUGCUAAGCUGCCUGGCCGGCCUGCACCCCUUGCUGCCUGGCCGGCCUGCACCCCAUCUCAUUGUGGAGCUAUAACAUAUGUGGUUAGCUGAUACGUAAAAUACCUAUCCAGGCGUUGUAAGAUCUAGCAUGCGUCAGCAACGCCUGGGCAGAGGAACGCACACAUGGUCUGCAGUUUAGAAUGCAAUUCAUUUAAUCAGACGUGUUAGCUAUAGGACUGGGGGAAAAGUGUGACAACAAUCAGGCCCCCAGUGACUGGAGUACAUUCAGAUCUCUCACUGGUGUACCACACACUACCCCCUCCCCAGAUCGGAUAUGAACACGUCAUAAGCCAUGGCAAAAAUAUAUAUAUUUAAAAAUGCUACAUUUUCUCAGCCUCAUUGCAAAAUGUGUAGAAUAGCAUGAGAUUAGCUAUAAAAGUCCCAGGUCAUAGACUGCACAGCAAGCGGUAUCGAUGCACCAAGUCUGGAACCAACAGGAUCCUGAACAGCUUCUAUCCCCAAGCCAUAAGAGUGCUAAAUAGUUAGUCCGGGUAGCUAUUGGUUAACUAUCUGCAUUGACCCUUUUUGCACUAACUCUUUUGACUCAUCACAUACACUGCCGUUGCUGUUUAUUAUCUAUCCUGUUGCCUACUCACUUUACCCCUACCUAUAUGUACAUUUAUACUUCAAUUACCUCGUACUCCUGCACAUCGACUCAGUACUGGUACCCCGUGUAGACAGCCAAGUUAUCUUUACUCAUUGUGUAUUUAUUCCUCAUGUUAUUAUUUUUCUAUUAUUUAUAUUUUCCCCCUCUGCAUUGUUGUGAAGGGCCCGUAAGCAAGCAUUUCACUGUUAGUCUACACCUGUUGUUUACAAAGCAUGUGACAUCAAAUUUGAUUUGAAAACUACACAUUUUUCUCUCUGCCCAAUGGCAAUGUGUGUAGAAUUGCAGGAAAUUAGCUUUAAAGGCCAGGCACCACACCCUUAUAGGGUAAUUUCCCCCCUUAAUCAUAUCACAAUCAACUUUUACCAGUUGAAUAUUGACACAAAUAAUAGUUUAUUACAUUACUUCUGAAAUAUUGUAUUAAAAUAUGCAAAUAAGGUGAUGUCAUUACAUAUGCACAUGUUUGCAUAUAACGCAAAUCGAUGUUUCUGGACACUGGAUGAAGUCUGCCUAAAUAUUUUGGUUUCAUUUUGUUAAGACACUCCAGGGGCCUCAUUUAUAACCUCUGCAUACAUUUAACACUAAAUAUCUGCAUGCGCCAUUUCUGAAAAAACUGCACAAUACUGAGAUUUAUCAACUUGGCGCAUGCCAUAGGCCUACAUUCGCAUGUUUCGCGCUAUAAUUCAGACCUGUCGUAAAACGUGAACUAGCCCAUCAUAAACCUUUUAUGGUGACAAUAACACCCUUAUUUGCUUUAUAGUUUGGAAGUAUUGGAAUUAGGCCAAGACAAUGGCAAACUUGAUUAAAUGUCUUUGGAGAUGUUGGCAGAAACUUUUUUAUUUUGCAGUGACAUUUGCUGUAGGCCUAUCUGACCGUUUCUGAAAGACAAAAACAAUUGCAAAUUGUUGUGGACCUGUAAACAGAUAGUUUGAAUGCAAUUAUGUUUUGCAUUCACUUUUUCCCGAACCUAAAUAUUCUGCACUGCUCACGAAUUCUGAAACAAAAAAUAAACUACAGUAGGCCUACUUACAGUGGUAGCCUACACACUUCAAUGCAAAAUAUCCACUGUCUGUUCACCUGUAUGUUUUAAACCGCGCACGGUAUUGUCUGCAUAGAGCAAAAACUGUAAAUUUGUUGUAUGGCUACUUCGGGAAUAUGAAGUCAUCAUGGCCAGAAAAGGUGAAGAAGGUAUUCUGCACUGGUUGUGAUAUGUAUUAUGUUUAUAAAUUAAAUACUGUCUAUGCAAGAAAUGUUACAUUACAGUAUUCAGAAGUAGCCUACAAACGUGAACCGUCUGUUCUACUGUUAAACUGCGCUUCGGAUCGGAUCGCAUAGAGCAAAAUAGGCUGCUUGAAAUAGCUUAUCUAUUUGCUACUGUGAAGUUGGUCCAAUUAAAUGGAGAUGGGAUGCAUGCCUAUCCUAACUUGUUGUAGGCCUAUAAAACUAUUUCACGAGUAUCCUAUGAAACCAUCACAAUCAGAAAAGGUGAGGAAUUUAUUCUGCAAUGAUCAUGGAAAUGAAAUAAAUAAUAGGAAAUCUAACUAUUUCUACACUGAACAAAAAUAUGAAUUCAACAUGUAAAGUGUUGGUCCUGUGUUUCAUGAGCUGAAAUAAAAGAUCCCUGAAAUUUUCCAGAAGCACAUAAAGCUUAUUUCUCCCAUAUUUUGUGCACAAAUGUAUUGAUGUCCUUGUUAGUGAACAUUUCUCCUUUGCCAAGAUAAUCCAUCUACCUGACAGGUGUGGCAUAUCAAGAGGCUGAUUAAACAGGUGCACCUUGUGCUGGGAACAAUGAAAUGCCACUUUAAAAUGUGCAGUUGUCACAACACAAUCAAAACAAAAUCAAAUGUUAUUUGUCACAUGCGCUGAAUACAACAGGUGUAGACCUUACAGUGAAAUGUUUACUUACAAGCCCUUAACCAACAAUGCAGUUCUAAGAAACAAUACCAAAAAAGAAAAAAAGAAAUACAAUAUAAAAUAAUACAUAAUAAAAGUAACAAAUAAUUAAAGAGCAGCAGUAAAAAUAACAUGUACAUGAAGGUAGAGUUUUUAGUGACUAUGCAUAGAUAAUAAACAGAGGGUUACAGCAGCGUAAAAGAGGGGGGGUGGGGGAGCAAUGCAAAUAGUCUGGGUAGCCAUUUGAUUAGAUGUUCAGGAGUGUUAUGGCUUGGGGAUAGAAGCUGUUUAGAAGCCUCUUGGACCUAGACUUGGCGCUCCGGUACCACUUGCCGUGCAGUAGCAGAGAGAACAGUCUAUGACUAGGGUGGCUGGAGUCUUUGACAAUUUUUAGGGCCUUCCUCUGACACCGCCUGGUAUAGAGGUCCUGGAUGGCAGGAAGCUUGGCCCCAGUGAUGUACUGGGCUGGGCCGUUCGCACUACCCUCUGUAGUGCCUUGCGGUCGGAGGCCGAGCAGUUGCCAUACCAGGCAGUGAUGCAACCAGUCAGGAUGCUCUCGAUGGUGCAGCUGUAGAACCUUUUGAGGAUCUGAGGACCCAUGCCAAAUCUUUUCAGUCUCCUUAGGGGGAAUACGUUUUGUCGUGGCCUCUUCACGACUGUCUUGGUGUGCUUGGACCAUGUUAGUUUGUUGGUGAUGUGGACACCAAGGAACUUGAAGCUCUCAACCUGCUCCACUACAGCCCCGUCGAUGAGAAUGGGGGCGUGCUCGGUCCUCUUCUUUUUCAUGUGGUCCACAAUCAUCUCCUUUGUCUUGAUCACGUUGAGGGAGAGGUUGUUGUCCUGGCACCACACGACGUUGUCGGUGAUCAGGCCUACCACUGUUGUGUCAUCGGAAAACUUAAUGAUGGUGUUGGAGUCGUGCCUGGCCAUGCAGUCAUGAGUGAACAAGGAGUACAGGAGGGGACUGAGCACGCACCCCUGAGGGGCCCCCGUGUUGAGGAUCAGCAUGGCGGAUGUGUUGUUACCUACCCUUACCACCUGGGGGGCGGCCCAUCAGGAAGUCCAGGAUCCAGUUGUAGAGGGAGGUGUUUAGUCCCAGGGUCCUUAGCUUAGUGAUGAGCUUUGAGGGCACUAUGGUGUUGAACGCUGAGCUGUAGUCAAUUAAUAGCAUUCUCACAUAGGUGUUCCUUUUGUCCAGGUGUGAAAGGGCAGUGUGGAGCGCAAUAGAGAUUGCAUCAUCUGUGGAUCUGUUGGGGCGGUAUGCAAAUUGGAGUGGGUCUAUGGUUUCUGGGAUAAUGGUGUUGAUGUGAGCCAUGACCAGCCUUUCAAAGCACUUCAUGGCUACAGAUGUCUCAAGUUGAGGGAGUGUGCAAUUGGCAUGCUGACUGCAGGAAUGUCCACCAGAGCUGUUGCCAGAUAAUUGAAUGCUAAUUUCUCUACCAUAAGCCACCUCCAACGUCGUUUUAGAGAAUUUGUCAGUAUGUCCAACCGGCCUCACAACUGCAGACCACGUGUAACCACGCCAGCCCAGGACCUCCACAUCCGGCAUCUUCACCUGCGGGAUUGUCUGAGACCAGCCACCUGGACAGCUGAGGGUGGGUUUGCACAACCAAAGAAUUUCUGCACAAACUGUCAGAAACAAUCUCAGGGAAGCUCAUCUGUGUGCUCCUCAUCCUCACCAGGGUCUUGACCUGACUGCAGUUCUGCGUCGUAACCGACUUCAGUGGGCAAAUGUUCACCUUCUAUGGUGGCUGGCACGCUAGAGAAAUGUGCUCUUCACAUAUGAAUCCCGGUUUCAACUGUACUGGGCAGAUGGCAGACAGCGUGCAUGGCGUCGUGUGGGCAAGCGGUUUGCUGAUGUCAACGUUGUGAACAGAAUGCCCCAUGGUGGCGAUGGGGUUAUGGUAGGGGCAGGCAUAAGCUACAGACAACAAACACAAUUCCAUUUUAUUAAUGGCAAUUUGAAUGCACAGAGAUACCGUGGCGAGAUCCUGAGGCCCAUUGUUGUGCCAUUCAUCUGCCGCCAUCACCUCAUGUUUCAGCAUGAUAAUGCACGGCCCCAUGUCGCAAGGAUCUGUACACAAUUCCUGGAAGCUGAAAAUGUCCCAGGUCUUCCAUGGCCUGCAUACUCACCAAGACAUGUCACCCAUUGAACAUGUCUGGGAUGCUCUGGACUGACGUGUACGACAGCGUGUUCCAGUUCUCGCCAAUAUCCAGCAAUUUUGCACAGCCAUUUGAAGAGGAGUGGGACAACAUUCCACAGUCCACAAUCAACAGCCUGAUCAACUCUAUGCGAAGGAGAUGUGUCACACUGCAUGAGGCAAAUGGUGGUCACAACAGAUACUGACUAAUUUAUUUCCUUAUGAACUGUAACUCAGUAAAAUCUUUGAAAUUGUUGCGUUUAGAUUUUUGUUCAGAUUUAUAUUCCCCAUUUGCACAAGGCUACUACUAGGAUACUUUUGCCUUCAUGCAAUGCAAGACUUCAACCACUAGAAACUGUGCACAUGCAUGGUCUAAAGUUUGCUCUAGGAUAAGCACAUUCAUGUCAAGUUCAGUUUUUAUAAAUGCCAACUUUUGCAUGAAAAUUGGUGCAUGCAUGUUUUGGAGCAUAUUUUGUGCGUAUGCAAAAUAAAUGAGGCCCCUGGACCAGACUUGUCCAGAGCAUAUUGUGGAUCAAUACUUUUCAUUUUUGGCACAGGAAUCCUCAUCUCUCCCAAGUGGACAUUCUCUCUUUUUCCCCUGACCCAUCUGUCUAUCUCCUCAUUUGAAUUCCAUGCUGUCACAGUCACUAGCCCAUUCAAGCUUAACAUCCUUAUCAUUUAUCACCCUCCAGGUUCCCUUGGAGAGUUCAUCAAUGAGCUUGACGCCUUGAUAAGUUCCUUUCCUGAGGAUGGCUCACCCCUCACAGUUCUGGGUGACUUUAACCUCCCCACGUCUACCUUUGACGCAUUUCUCUCUGCCUCCUUCUUUCCACUCUCCUCUUUUGACCUCACCCUCUACUCACAAGGCAGGCAAUACGCUUGACCUCAUCUUUACUAGAUGCUGUUCUUCUACUAAUCUCACUGCAACUCCCCUCCAUGUCUCCGACCACUACUUUGUAUCCUUUUCUCUCUCGCUCUCCUCCAACACUACUCACUCUGCCCCUACUCAGAUGGUAAUGCGCCGUCGCAACCUUCGCUCUCUCUCUCCUGCUACUCUCUCCUCUUCCAUCCUAUCAUCUCUUCCCUCUGCUCAAUCCUUCUCCCUCCAAUCUCCUGAUUCUGCCUCCUCAACCCUCCUCUCCUCCCUUUCUGCAUCCUUUGACUCACUAUGUCCCCUAUCCUCCCGGCCGGCUCGGUCCUCCCCUCCUGCUCCGUGGCUUGACGACUCAUUGCGAGCUCACAGAACAGGGCUCCGGGCAGCCGAGCGGAAAUGGAGGAAAACUAGACUCCCUGCGGACCUGGCAUCUUUUCACUCCCUCCUCUCUACAUUUUCUUCCUCUGUUUCUGCUGCUAAAGCCACUUUCUACCACUCUAAAUUCCAAGCAUCUGCCUCUAACCCUAGGAAGCUCUUUGCCACCUUCUCCUCCCUGCUGAAUCCCCCCCUCUUGUCCUUCUAGACCUGUCUGCUGCCUUUGAUACUGUGAACCAUCAGAUCCUCCUCUCCACCCUCUCCGAGUUGGGCAUCUCCGGCGCGGCUCACUCUUGGAUUGCAUCCUACCUGACAGGUCGCUCCUACCAAGUGGCGUGGCGAGAAUCUGUCUCCGCACCACGUGCUCUCACCACUGGUGUCCCCCAGGGCUCAGUUCUAGGCCUUCUCCUAUUCUCGCUAUACACCAAGUCACUUGGCUCUGUCAUAUCCUCACAUGGCCUCUCCUAUCAUUGCUACGCAGAUGACACACAACUAAUCUUCUCCUUUCCCCCUUCUGAUAACCAGGUGGCGAAUCGCAUCUCUGCAUGUCUGGCAGACAUAUCAGUGUGGAUGACGGAUCACCACCUCAAGCUGAACCUCGGCAAGACGGAGCUGCUCUUCCUCCCGGGGAAGGACUGCCUGUUUCAUGAUCUCGCCAUCACGGUUGACAACUCCGUUGUGUCCUCCUCCCAGAGUGCAAAAAGCCUUGGCGUGACCCUGGACAACACCCUGUCGUUCUCCGCUAACAUCAAGGCGGUGACCCGAUCCUGUAGGUUCAUGCUCUACAACAUUCGGAGAGUACGACCCUGCCUUACACAGGAAGCGGCACAGGUCCUAAUCCAGGCACUUGUCAUCUCCCGUCUGGAUUACUGCAACUCGCUGAUGGCUGGGCUCCCUGCCUGUGCCAUUAAACCCCUACAACUCAUCCAGAAUGCCGCAGCCCGUCUGGUGUUCAACCUUCCCAUGUUCUCUCAUGUCACCCCGCUCCUCUGCACACUCCACUGGCUUCCAGUUGAAGCUUGCAUCUGCUACAAGACCAUGGUGCUUGCCUACGGAGCUGUGAGGGGAACGGCACCUUCAGGCUCUGAUCAGUCCCUACACCCAAACGAGGGCAUUGCGUUCAUCCACCUCUGGCCUGCUGGCCCCCCUACCUCUGCGGAAGCACAGUUCCCGCUCAGCCCAGUCAAAACUGUUUGCUGCUCUGGCACCCCAAUGGUGGAACUAGCUCCCUCACGACGCCAGGACGGCGGAGUCACUCACCACCUUCCGGAGACACUUGAAACCCCACCUCAUUAAGGAAUACCUGGGAUAGGAUAAAGUAAUCCUUCUACCCCCCCCCCUUACCCCACCAAAAUAAUAAUAAUAAUAAUAAUAAUAAUAAUAACAACAAAAACAACAAAAAAACAUAUUGUAAAGUGGUUAUCCUACUGGCUAUAAGGUGAAUGCACCAAUUUGUAAGUCGCUCUGAAUAAGAGCAUCUGCUAAAUGACGUAAAUGUAAAUACUAAAGACAUAUGUAAAAUGCAUUUUUGCCGCAUUUUUCCAAAGAUAAUGUUAUAUCGAAUAACUAAAAAAUUGACAACAUAUCAACAAUUCCCUUGAUACCAUUCCCCUCAUUCCACUCAUUCCACGAGCCCGUCCUCUCCAAUUAAGGUGCCACCAACCUCCUGGGAACACAACCCAUUCCUCGUUUUUCAACUGGUAGCUCAGUACAGCACCGUUUCUGUUCAAUUUAACGUUCUAUUACGUUUUUAUGUACUGAACGCAGCUCUGGAGUUGCCCAUCCCUGCUGAAUUAACGUCUUCUCAAAAACCAAACCGACGUUGUUGCACUCCACUCCAGCAGGUGGCGAUAGUACAACAUCUAUACGCUACACAGCCAUGACAAGUUUAAUUUAUUUUUUGUUUUACUGUACUAAGCAACAACAACACUGGGUAAAAUUAUCUUUAUCAGGUAACGAGUUAGCUAGUGUAGUAUGUGAGGAAUUUAUGACUUUGUUAAUGUUUGCAAAUGGUAGCUUAGAGAAUGUUGAUUUGGCCAAGGGAGACAUCUGGAGAGCAGUUUUAGAGGAGUACUCUAAAGCAGAGGAAGUCUGUUAGGUGACCUCCUGGGAUUGGUCUGUAGGGGAAACACCCAUAUCAGAUUACAUAGGAUAAAUACUUGGUGAAGACAAAGGAGGUCAGAAUAGCAUAUUUAGAAUUUGGGUUGGCUGUUCUCCAGAUGCCUGCAGGUAUCUGUAAAUUGAAGCUGUAACCCUUUGAUAUAAAUAAACCUUUAUGAUCGAAGUACAGCGUCAGCGGAUUUCCUUGUUCUCACAGCAUAAUUAGCAACGUUUUCUCGACACAACACUAGCAACCAAAACUAGAAUUCUCUAAAAUGUCUAAAAUACAGUUGUUGAGAUGGUUUCUCAACCAGCGAUUAACAGCGGCUGCUGAGGAGAUAUUCGAGGCAGUUGAACGAACGAUAGCAGAGUACCAGGAAUAAUUAUUUAAACCUGAAAUAAAGUUACAUCGAACAGGGUUGUCAUUAUUACCGUCUUUCUGCCAAUAAUCCCCAGUUUCAUUACUUUGGUCUAUCCAAUUGUAACUUUCUUGUCAGAUAAAUUUACUAGAACUUCACUCCCACUUCAACGAGGUCACCAAAAUUAUAACAUGUCGACGUCAGGCUCGGUCCCCAGCAGAUAUGCUGCCCUAGGCUAGACAAAAAAACUGCCGCCCUCCUCCUAUUCCCGCAAAGUAGAAUUGUAGUUUAGGCUAUACAGUGUUGGCCCACAAUGCACUUUAAUGAAUGCCUAUCCAUGUGGUAGCCUACGGUUUACAAACCGGCAGUUGCAUUGGCUUCAUAGUCCUAAUAGCUGACAGACUUCGUUUUGUCUAUUCAAGCUCUGAAUAUCAGCUUCCAUGUAGGCAGAGCGUCCUAAAGUAAAUUGAAUUACAUUUUCCAAAAUUAUAAUUACUCCUGUCUUUACAGAAAUAAAUACAAUCAUUCGAAAUACUUAACUAGAAAGCAUGACUUAGUCAGAGAGGAUCAUUAGCUUCUUAAAAAACACCUGUGGAUUGUUUGAAGUCACAAGCGAGUAGUGCUAUGCCUAAUUGGGAAGUCAGCAAUUUGGGCAGCACUCGUGGCAAUAGUAGCUGAUUAUUGAUUUGCGGCUGUCAGUGAAAAGCAUCUCAAAUAUGUCAGAAGAUAGUGUCUUGAGUAUUAAUUUGAAAUGUUGAGACUAAAAAAUAAUUUACCGUUCUCAUUCUCGGAGUGUUAACGUUGUUUGCAGAGUUCACAACCUGCUACACUUGUGAGAAAGACAUUUUGGUUUAUUUCAUAUGUCGUAGUAAAUAUAAUUUGUCGUAGUAAAUAUAAAAUGUUAUAGAUUGGUCUGACUAAAAUGUUGUGCAAGACCCAUUUGUGUUAGGAGCUUGUUUUCAAUAAAUGCUGUUCCAGGUCAGAGAACAAAGGACAGAGGAGAACGCCAUAUCUUGUCACCAGAUGGCCUAGUCUUGCAGGAAUGAGAUAACAGGACAACACCCCCACCUCCGGCCAUAAACCACCAGUUACUCCCCACGAGUUCCCUUGACACACACCAAUAUUUCAUUUUCACGCACACUCAUUCUCGACCACAAACAUUUCAUUUUCACGCACACUCAUUCUCGACCACAAACAUUUCAUUUGCACGCACACUCAUUCUCAACUCCCCUUCUACUGGUCGGGUGCCAAGGGCAGAGGACUCUGCCGUGCACCAAUGGGGCAUCUGCUCUGGACAGAGCAGACCCGCCUCCUACGCCUCGGGAACCAAUCAAGGGACUAGAAGAAGGACCCCUUCCUUUAUGUUACAUUGUAUAAAGUAAUGCUGUAAACUCUGUUUAAACAUCCUUCUCAGCUGACACUAUUAGAGUGCCAUAUGAUUAGGUCCAUGCAUGUUAACCUAACAGUACAAGAUAUCUCUGUGUUUAAUAAACUGCCUUUUGCUUAAGCAAAUUCCUCUCCGUCUAGCGUCGUUGGUUUGUACUCCCUCUCCAUAUAAUUUAGUUCACCAACAAAUUGGUAGCAGAGGAUGGUUUCUUAAUUCGAUCUAAAGAGUUGGUGCGAGAGGAAAAGGCAAAUCAUCGAUCUAAAAACAGACGGAAGAGUGACCUGAAAUCCAGGAGACAUCAACUAUUCGUCUUGCCUCAGGAACCUGAUCAGAGCGCGCUCUUCUAAAAAGGUAUGCAGAGCCUGUUAAAACGAAAUCUUGCAUAUUGUAUUAUAGACCAAUACCAAAUUUUGAUCAGAAGUACUGAGUGUGAGUAUGAAUACUUCUUAAAUAAUUUUCCAUCCUAAUGAAUUAAGGCAUACAUGAGAUAUCUGGUACUGUCUUUUAUACUAAGGAAUAAAGGAAUAAGGAAUAAAGGAAUAAGGAAUAAAGGAAUAAGGAAUAAAGGAAUAAGGAAUAAAGAUAAACGUAUCCAAAAUGUGUCAAACUGCGGGUUGACGCAUUAGUGGAUAAGAUUUGACCCAUAAUCUAGAUUCCUAAAGGGACCCAGUUUGAACUGAGACCUUUUGCAUAAAUCCUAUUAGGGGAGGUCCUACCCUAUAGGUUGUGAGAGAGUUGAUCACGUUAAACUGUGGCAGAGUUCUAGACAUUAGGUGGGGGAGAAUCACCGAAAUUGACCAGAGGUACUAAAUUCCCGGGGAUGCCAGUUAUCUCUGUGAUUUCACACUUAAAACGUUCCAUAUAAAUGGUUGUGUGAAAGGUACAAUUAAGCUGAGACUAAGUCCUUCCUAGUGAUCGAGUUGUCUAAAAAAAUCCUUUGAUAGGGAUCCAGUUGCUUCUGUGACUUCACAUAAGUGUAAGGUUGUGUGAAGGGUAGCAGUCGAACUGAGACUAUGUUUUAGGACACUCUGGUAACCUAAAUUCAUUAAGCAUUGUAAUUCCAAUUGGCUUAUGGUUUGUGUGUUUUGAUGUAUUAUAACGUGUAAUGGAUGAUGGGAAGUUAUAGUGAGACUUAUGAAACUGAAUACCAAUCUGUGGAAUUGAGUGAAUUUGACUUAGGCUUUCAGGAACCAGGGAUUGGGGAGACUGAUAUUGGAUCUGUGCAUAGUCUUGAACAAGAGCUGAGACAAUUAAAGCGUGUUGUGUGCUGUGGAGGAAUUACUGCAUUGGUAUAUGUGACUGGAAUUCUGAUUUUUAUGAUAAUAAUUGCAUUACAAAUUAUAUAAAUCAGCCUCUUUAUAUACGAGGGUGUCGUACAUGAGAUAAGUCUGUAUUGAUACCGAUAAUACAUCCUUGGAAAUAAAACACCAGGGACGGGAUAAGUGUAUAAAGAUAGAGAAAGCAAGAUGGCAGGGCCAAACAUAACUAAACCCAAAUUUAAUGAAUAUCUAGAACAACGAAUGACAGACAGAGCAAGGGGAAAAGUACAGUAUAGGAAAGUUAAAAAAGUGGCGUUGGAGAGCAGGAGGGUGCAACCAAAGAAAUCAGAUACGAUGUGUGUGGCCACUGAAGCGCCAGUAGAGAUGAAAACUCCAUUUAAGGGUUCUCCUACAGCUUCCCCAGAGGCCAGUACCAGCACCACUCCUGGCCCCACCUCACUAUACAGCCUAAAAGGCACCAUGACUUUUGGCCCACAACCACAACCAUGGCCUCAGCAAGGCACCCCAUUAGGUCCUCCAAGAGGAGGGAACUACCUGUGUUACAAUUGUGGAGGAGCUGGACAUUUUAGGCGUGAUUGUAAGGAACACCCACAAUUUAACCAUCAACCCCAAUGGAGGGGAAGAGGCAGAGGUACACCACAAUGGAGAGGUAGAGGAAGGGGAGGACCCCCACAACAACCAUAAACCCACCUGUCUGAACUCCAGGUGCCCGAAGGCGUGAUCCUCAUCCAAUACUACUACCACCGACAAUCACAGACUGAACCCAACCAAGGCGAUAUAGCACAGUUACAGAGCUCAGCAGGACCCUAUGAACACUCAGUCUGGGCCCAGGAGGGGGCGGCAGAGGACAGGACGAACUCUGGACGUGCCAUGAUGGAAGACUAG